AUGGGAUUAUGCGGGUGUUUUCGGCCAAACUCUCCUGAUGAAAUAAAUAUAGUAAAAGAGCCGCUUACCCAACCCACAUCAAAUCUACAGGAACCUCAUCACGCAGCUCAUAAUGUUAUGCCGAGUGAGACUGAAGUUGAGCGACGAUUCAUGGAAGUCGUUCAGGAGCUUGAGCUCCCUGCAGACAAGCAGGUUCUCAUGUACAAAAUGCCUAUACAGAAGAAAUGGCAGAUUAUAGUUUCAAAGACGAGUGAAACGGAAGCGACUAAAGAAGCACGAGACUUUCCCGAAUAUUAUAUCGACAACAUCAAGUCUAUGUACCAGAAAACGUCGUUUGAAUCCGAUGAUAUGGACCAAUCCAAAUCGGAAGAAUACGCACGUCGACUUAGAAUAUUCGAUGGAUUAAAGUCAGCGUUACGCACGCAGCCCCUCAGCUUCGUUGACAGGUUCAUCGAGAUCCAUGGACUAAGUCACCUGCUCAAUUUUCUAAAAGAAAUGGCGAAAGACGUCAAGGAGUCACGCAUCCAUACAUCAGCCAUUGCUUGUAUAAAAGCUUUGAUGAAUAACCAUGCUGGCAGAGCGAACGUUCUCGAGCAUCCGGACGCUGUAGAUAUCAUCACGCACUCGCUAAAUGUAGAAAAUGUCAAGACUAAAAUUUCGGUUCUGGACAUUCUUGGGCCUGUUUGUCUUAUUCCCGGCGGCCACAAAAAAGUUCUUACCGCCCUGACCAAGUUCGCAAACUUCGCUUCCGAACGAACGAGAUUCCAGUCGCUGAUACUCGACCUCUCACGCUCUAUCCGAGAGAACGAGUUCGAGGUCGAGCUUAAGACCUCAAUUAUGACGUUGGUGAAUGCGCUCCUUAAAUUUGGCGCGGGUCAAGAUACCGUCGAAUUUCGUCUUCAUCUUCGAUACGAGUUCCUUAUGCUUGGUAUAAUUCCUCUGAUUACAAAACUUGAGCAAUAUGAGAAUGCCGAUUUAAAUCUUCAUCUGGAGUGGUUCAAAUGGCAACGAGAUCAAGACGAAGAGCUUCUCCAAGACAAACUAAACGGAGUGACGAUCAAUAGUAACUCGGCGACGGAUAUGUGCGAGUCCUUAAGAAAAAUCCAUGGCUCGACUGUAAUCUAUCCUCACUUCCUCUCAAUAAUGCAGCACUUAAUUCUUCUGAAAAGCCAGCCCUUCUGGUCGUUGGCGGAUGAUAUUAUUCAGCAACUUUCGCUUCAAGCUCCUGAUGGUCUCGAUCCAGACAUCACAGUGAUUGAAAUGAAUGUACAGAAGUGCGCCGAUGGACUCAAACUUGAAAAAUCUACUCGUUUACUAAAGAAAAAAUCCGAAAAUCUAACAGAAAAGUGUCGUAGCCUUGAAGCUAGCUUGCAAAAAGAGGGUCAGGAGCUCGACCGUGUUAAAAACGAAAAGACGGAGCUAACGCGUUCAAUGCUUCGGUAUCAAGAAAGACUCGAAAAAGUUCGUGAAAAUGAAAAACAAGUUGAAAAUUUCAAACAGCUAGAGCAAGAGAACGAAGCUCUCAAAGAAAAACUCCAAGCACUGUUGCAGUCCGAUAAAAUAAACCUACCUGAUGAUGUUAAACUAUCCAUGAAAUCUACCUCCGCAAUUGAUGAUCAGAAUCUAAGUACAGCUUCUAUUUCUCCGCCUCCUCCUCCUCCCCCUCCAAUGGCACCAGGAUCGAUACAGCAAGCGCCUGCACCUCCUGCACCGCCAAGUAUGGCAAAUGUUCUCCCUCCACCGCCUCCGCCACCAGGAAUCGCAGCACCGCUCGGUCCUGGUGGGCCUCCCCCUCCUCCUCCGCCCGGAGGAAUGGCUCCUCCCCCUCCUGGUGGAUUAGCUCCGCCACCUCCAGGUGGUUUGGCGCCGCCUGCCCCCGUUAAGCAAUUUCCGCAGCCUUCAACUUCUGUUAAAUCAUUCAAUUGGGUUAAGCAAACGCAAAUAAAAAACACUAUUUUCGAAAAGAUGGAACCUGAAAAAGCUCUCACGUGUCUGAACCUUGAAAGACUCGAGUCCGCAUUUCAAGCGAAGAGCAAUCAUCGCAGCUCAAUCGCUAGAAGUUUCGAAGAAGUUGAGUCCAAAGAGAGUCUCGAUCUGAAAUUGAUUGACGGUCGAAGAAGUCAGAAUUGCUCGAUUCUGUUAUCAAGGCUCAAGCUAGGCGAAAGAGAGGUUCGACAAGCUGUACUCACGAAUGACUCUGCUGAGAAGCUGCCAGCUGAGCUGGCAGAACAGCUUCUUAAGUUUGUUCCUACGAAGGAAGAAAUUGAGACGCUCAAUCAAUACGCUGAUGAUGCUCACAAAAUGGCGACCGUUGAUCGAUUCUUUUUCGAAAUGGGCAAAAUAUUACGAUACGAGAAUAAGUUGUGCGCAAUUGUUUUCCGUAAAAAGUUCACCGAACGACGCUCAAAUGCGAUUUCGAAUGCGGAUGCGGUAAAAGAAGCCUGCACUGAGUUGAAGAAUUCAAAAUCUAUUCGCAAGUUGUUUCUCCUUGUUCUUGCGCUUGGAAAUUACAUGAAUAAAGGCAACCGUGGCAACUCUCCUGGAUUCAAGCUUUCGUCCUUGUCAAAAUUACGAGACACCAAGACCACGGAUGGUAAAAGUACACUACUGCACUACCUCGUUGAAGAACUUGAAACCUCAAAAAAUAAAAUAUCGCUGGACGAUAUUGAAGCCGAAACAAAACAUUUAUCAGAUGCUCGUCGGGUCGAUCUCAAGCAACUUCGGAGCGAAGUUAAGCAGCUCAAAGAUGGACUCGCGGCGUGUGAAUUCGAAAUACAGCAACUCCAAUCUGAGGGUAGCGAAGUUCCAUCCACGUUAGAAAUUUUCUGUCAAACAGCGAAAACCCACAUGGCCGACCUCGAAAACCUUCUUAAAUCCACAGAUGAGACUUACUCGCAAGCACUUGUCAGCUUUGGUGAUAAGCAGCUUGAAUCUCACGACUUCUUCUCCAUCUUUCAAAACUUCUUUAACGAACUAAAAGAGGCGAAAGCUGAAAACGAGGCUCGCGAAGAACUUGUUAAGGAACGUCUUCGUCAGCAACAAACCCUUUUGAAUAGACAGGAAAAGAUAUCCACAAAAAACUCAUUGAAACAGGAAACCCUUCGCCGUCGUCGAGGUGUUCAAUCAGAUUUCUUUUUUAGCAGCGGUAAGACCUUGGACGAAAUGGGUGAGAUGCUGAAGUCAGGCGAGCUCUUCGACUGCAACCCGAAACGACAGAGACGCGCGAAAAAAAAGUAUUAG